AUGCUAAAGACAUUGGCAUCUGGGCUAUUGAUUUCAUCAUUCCUCAUUUCCAUUUCUGCUGCUGAUAAUGGGUUCCCCCGGGAUUGUGGGGAGGAUGGUUUUUGGAGCACUGAAAACAUUUUAGAGUGCCAAAAAGUGAGUGAUUUCUUGAUUGCAGUGGCCUAUUUUUCAAUCCCAAUAGAGCUACUUUACUUUGUUAGCUGUUCAAACGUUCCAUUCAAAUGGGUACUCUUUCAAUUCAUUGCUUUCAUUGUUCUAUGCGGAAUGACCCAUUUGCUCAAUGGCUGGACUUAUGGCCCACAUCCAUUUCAGCUAAUGCUUGCUGUAACCAUUUUCAAAUUUCUCACUGCUUUGGUCUCUUUUGCCACUGCUAUAACCCUUAUCACUCUCAUCCCAUUGCUGCUCAAAGUGAAGGUGAGAGAAUUUAUGCUGAAGAAGAAGACUUGGGAUCUUGGUCGAGAGGUUGGAAUGAUAAAGAAGCAGAAGGAAGCUGGGUGGCAUGUUCGGAUGCUCACCCAAGAGAUCCGUAAGUCACUUGAUCGGCAUACUAUAUUAGAUACAACUCUUGUUGAGCUAUCAAAGACACUGGAUUUGCAGAAUUGCGCAAUUUGGAUGCCUAAUGAAAAUAAGACAGAGAUGAAUCUGACCCAUGAAUUGGAAAGGACAAAUUUUUCUGAACGUUAUAGUUCCUCCAUCCCAAUUUGGGACCCAGAUGUGAGAGAGAUUAAGGAGAGUGAUGGAGUAGUAAAGAUAAUUCACCAUGAAUCAGCACUUGCAGCUGCAAGCUGUGGAGGGAAGGGUGACAUAGGUGCUGUUGCUGCAAUUAGGAUGCCAAUGCUGAGGGUUUCUAACUUCAAAGGUGGAACUCCUGAGAUGGUCCCGGCUGCUUAUGCAAUACUUGUUUUGGUCCUUCCUGGUGGACAAGGAAGAUCUUGGAGCAACCAGGAACUUGAAAUUGUGAAGGUGGUUGCUGAUCAGGUGGCUGUGGCUCUCUCACAUGCUGCGGUGCUUGAAGAGUCCCAGCUCAUGAGAGAUAGGUUAGUGGAGCAAAAUCGAGCCCUGCAACUGGCGAAACAGGACGCAAUGAUGGCAAGCCAGGCAAGGAACUCAUUUCAGAUGGUAAUGAGCAAUGGCUUGAGAAGACCCAUGCAUUCAAUUUUGGGUUUACUUUCCAUGAUGCAGGAUGAGAACUUGAAUAGCCAGCAAAAAACUCUUGUUGAUGCAUUGGUUAAAACCAGCAAUGUCCUCUCAACCUUGAUAAAUGAUGUGACGGAUACUUCAAUGAAGAACAAUGGAAGGUUCCCACUAGAGAUGAGGUCUUUCCACCUGCAUUCCAUGAUAAAAGAAGCCGCUUGCCUCGCCAAAUGCUUGUGUGUUUGUAGGGGUAAUGGUUUUGACAUUGAGGUUGAGAAGUCAUUGCCUGAUCAUGUUAUGGGCGAUGAACGAAGAGUGUUUCAGGUGAUUUUGCACAUGAUUGGUAGUCUUGUGAAUGGCAACCAUAGAGGGUGUGUAACAUUUAGGGUUUGCUCAGACAGAGGCAGUCAUGGAAGGAAUGAUCAAAGAUGGACAACCUGGAGAUCAAACUCAUCUGAUGGGUAUGUCUAUCUUAAAUUUGAGAUAGGGCUUAACUAUAGUGGUUCCCAGUUGACGGAUGUCAUUUCGGCAUUCCCGGUUGGUGGUCAGAGAUACUGCAGCGAGAGACUUGAGGAAGGCUUGAGCUUCAGCGUGUGCAAAAAGCUAGUGCAGGUGAGUGGGGGGGGUGACUGCAUGAGCAAUUAUAUAUUUUCGGCCUGCCNUGAGGAAGGCUUGAGCUUCAGCGUGUGCAAAAAGCUAGUGCAGUUAAUGCAAGGGAAAAUCUGGGUUGUCCCAAAUUCAGAGGGAUUUGAUCAAAGCAUGGGACUUGUUCUUCGGUUUCAACUCCGCCCAUCCAUUGUUGUAGGCAUCACCCAAUCGGGAGAAUCUUCAGAGCUCCCUCAUUCAAACUCUCUCUUCAGGGGCCUUAAAGUUCUAUUGGCUGAUGACGAUGAUUUGAACAGGGCAGUGACACGGAAGCUGCUUGAGAAACUAGGAUGUAUUGUGUCCACUGUUUCAUGUGGAUAUGAAUGCCUUAGUGCACUUGGCCCAGCUGUGUCUUCUUUCCAAAUUGUUCUUUUGGAUCUUCACAUGCCUGACUUGGAUGGAUUUGGAGUUACCAUAAGAAUUCGGAAGUUUCGAAGCCGCAGCUGGCCAUUGAUAAUCGGCUUGACAGCAAGUGCUGAUGAUGUUUGGGAAAGAUGUAUGCAAAUUGGGAUGAAUGGAGUUAUUCAAAAACCAAUUAUUUUACGAGAUAUUGCAUAUGAGCUUCAAAGAGUCUUACUUCAGGCAAACAAGGUUGUGUGAUGAUCAAGACUGUAUAUAAAGGAAGUGCACCACCCAGCAGGGACCUUGGUUAGAAUAAACAGACACCAUUUCUUUGGCCAAUGCCUUCUUGCACCAAGAUUCCAGCAAAUAGAUGUUUCACACACAUUCAUAGUCAAAAUGGUAUAGAAAAUUUAUUUCCCUCUUUUUGUACCGUGUUUAAGCUAUACUAUAUGACUGCAUAGCUAAGCUAGAAAUUGAUUACAGACGUUCAAAAUUAUAAUUAAAACAUCUUUUUUCCUACAAGAAAACAUUAAGCACUUAGGCAGUUAGUACACUGUAAAGUUACUACGCAAAUUUAAAGUUG